AUGUCUCCGAAACAUGAAUUGGAUCGCGAGGAUCGCGAAGACGCUCCCUUCCUCGCCCCCGAAUCUCCGCAAUCACCACCCGCCCCUGGCCGUGUGCACCAUGACGAACCGAAGUCCCACCAGCAAACGGAUAACAAUGAUGCGGCAAAAAAGGUCGGAUUCCGACUGAAGGUCACACUGUUUACCCUCAUUCUUGCGGUCGAGAUCGGGUUUGCAUUCAUUGAAGGCCCCAUGGUCCGGAUCUUCGAGUCUAUCGCAUGUCGACAAUGGUAUCUCACAGCCGAUCCGAGUCAAAUCGGGGCCAAUGGCCAGGUUCCAGAGGAGAUGUGUAAGGGAGCAGAGGUACAAGCAGAAUUGGCUGCAGUUAAGGGCUAUCAUAUGUUCUUUGAUGGGUUGCUAUGUGCCCUUCUAGCCAUCCCAUAUGGUCUGCUGGCAGACCGACAAGGUCGCAAGUCGACUUUAGUUCUCGGUCUCCCCGGCUUUUUGCUCAAUGCAAUGAUCACCUUUGUCGUGAUGUGGUUCUCCGAUACCAUCCCCCUACGCGCAGUCUGGCUGUCCUCCCUGGCUUGGUUGCUUGGCGGCGGCCCGGUCGUUGCAUUUGCCAUUAUUUGGACUAUGAUGGCCGAUGUAACGACAGAAGAAGAAAGAGCAACGCUUUUCUUCCAAUUCGCUAUCGUAUCCAUGGGAGUUGAUUUCAUUUCAAGUGCUUUUAGCUCUUAUCUGAUGACAUUGAACCCAUGGAUUCCUAUAUUCAUUGGAUAUGGAAUCGUCUUCCUCGGGUUGAUGCUGAUUCUGGUGCUUCCCGAGACUAAGCACGUGAGGCUAUCAUCGAGUAAACCUGAACCAUCGAGUGUUGAGCUAUCAGACUUCGUGGAUGAAGACCCUGAACAUAAUCCUCAAAAGAUGGGACGCAGGUCAUACCAUGACGAGAGCGACGUGGAAAUGGGCUCCGAUCAUGAGGCGCACAUGACCUUCAGUUAUCCUGCCCCGGACACAUCACUUUGGGGCAAGAUACGCGCCCACUACCAAUUUUAUGUCCAGCCAUAUCUGUUUAUAUUAAACAGAAAGCCCGUUUUGCUGCUCUUGACCGCAUUCCUGGUCUACCGUCUCAGUCGUGGCUCUUCAUGGUUCCUAACUCAAUAUGUCUCGACGCGGUACCAUUGGACACUAGCACAGUCUAACCUUCUUGUAUCAUUCCGGCCUACAGUAUCUAUUCCGGUGUUUCUGUUUGGCCUUCCCUGGCUCAAGAAGCAUUACCUGGACCAGAGACGCUCUUCCACGGAGAGAGACCUUUGGCUCGCUCGAGGAAGCGUCCUCUGCUUGACUAUCGGUACAUUAGGAAUUGGACUCUCGCCCAACGUCGGGAGUCUCAUUGUUAGUCUGAUUGUUCAGACUUCUGGCUCGGGGUUUGUCUUCCUGACUCGGUCUAUCAUCACUACACUCGUGGAGAGAGACGAGACCGCACGUUUGUAUACGGUGAUUGAAAUUCUUCAAUCUGUGGGUAACGUGGUAGCCAGUCUAUCGAUCACAGGAGUAUUCCAAAUUGGUCUUCGCAUGGGUGGUUUCUGGGUCGGACUGGCUUGGAUUAUGACUAGCACUUUGUUUUGCAUGGUUGCCGCUGCCAUUUGGUGGUUUCGACUACCUUCCGCACCGCACGUCCCGGAUUUCGUGGUUGGUGAAUUCAAUGAUGGCGAGGAUUGA